ACGGGCAUUAGUACCGUACGCACCGUAUGGUACCGUACCCAGCGGUGCUGCAGUGCGAAAACGGCAUGCGACAAAAACUACACGACACGAAUCAAAAUUGCCCGCAUCAUUGCGCCGUACGGUUCGGUCCAGUUGUACUCGUACAGGUACUCGUAUCGUAACUGUCAUUCGAUCGGUGCUCCAGAGAAAAGGAAGAGCAUCGGCAACAUUACAUUAUAACACCGCUAGGCGCAGAGCAGAUCAAAAUGGCGGGAACCAGCGGCAGYGAAGUGCCGUAUUCCGCGCCCGAACCGUCCAAAGAAAUCCCGGUCCUUGCAUACAAGAACGAUUCCGGCGACACCGGCGGCGGCGACAGCGGGGUCGGUCUCCCACCGGAGUACGCCAUGAUCGAACUGAACGGGAAUCUGAUCGCUCCGGUGGAAUUCCCACCGGGGGAUUCUUGCCGGGAAAUAUUCGGGACYGACCAUCGUGUCGAGUUGGGAAAGCUGUACAUGAAGGGUCCCGAAAAGGCGAGUAGGUUUUGUUUUGUGUCGGCACGGUAGCACGGAACGUAGUAGCACAGCAUGCCCGAGCGGCGGGUCGGUGAUUUUUUUCGCCUGUGUCGGAAAAUCCAUCGAGGCGGCCGUUCUCACKUUGUUCGCAUCUGUUAUGUCAAUGCUUGUCGAAUCACUCCUUUUUACAGACACCGGUAAUGAUACUGGGGAACCACCAACUCACGGGGGAGGUAAAAAAACUCGACGAUCCCUUUUGUCUCAUGGAGAAAAAGUACAAGGAAGGUGUCACMCCGAAACAAAUCGAAUCCUACCAGAUUAUUGGCAUAGUUCAAAAGAAAUUCUUGUUCAAAAACUAUCCGAAGGUGAUUAUGCGAUAAGAAAGUAGUUUUGAAAACGAAGGAUGCGGGAGAGAGGUACAUUGGACRGGGGGAGAAAAUUAUGGCUGAGCAAGGAGUAUGGUCAGAUGGACGAACCUCUAGCUSCAUCGAUCGACAGAUCCGYAGGGGGGACGCGGUCUCAAUUUUWAUCACAACGUUUCUUCGGAAAUGAUCACCWUAGGUUAUAGGGUCGUUUGGAAUGUCAAAAUCUAGAGACAAAUUAUAGUUCCGUCUGAUUUUCGMUGUAUUCCCAAGCGCACGAUGCAUUUCAUUUCCACCUUGUGAUACAACUACUGGUAGAGACUUUUAAUAGUGUAAAAGAAUACUGUUGUGUUCCGAAGCUAAUGCGACAUUCCUUCCUUCUUGGCGUUGCCUAGCUACUACUAGAAGAAGAAUCGGUAAGACAUCUCACCGACCAAGAGUGUGAAUCCUAACGUGCGAUGGACGGACCAAAUGCAAUGCACGACUGAACAGAGCAAUCACCGCCACUAUACCGGUACCGCGACAUCUGUGCAGUUCGUUUGUAAAAUACGACACAAUCCUUGUCUCUUUUCUCUCUCCUCGAGAAACAGCAGAAACAGCAGAAGCAGCAACAACAGCUACAACUAUUAACAGCCGAGCGCGGCCGCAGCACAACCAGCCACCACGGAACAACACCCAUCGGAACCAUGAGCAGCAGCGAAACAGCGGUGCCCACCCCCGACAACGCCAACGCGGAGUGCGUCGGUCCGUCGUCCGAAAAUGCCGGSAGGGCCUCGGCGUGCGACGGCUGCCCGAACCAGAAAGCCUGCGGGAGCGGGGCCUUCAACAGCCCCGAGGCGAUCGCACGGUCCAGGGAAGAGGCCACCAAGCUGCAGACGUCCCUGGAGAACGUCUCGCACACGGUGCUGGUCCUGAGCGGAAAGGGCGGCGUCGGAAAAUCGACCGUCAGCUGCCAGCUGGCGCACACCCUGGCGAGCAUGGGCUACGCCGUGGGACUCCUGGACGUGGACCUCUGCGGGCCCUCGGCGCCCCGAAUGAUACUGGGCGACGCGCACCUGACGGCGCAGAUCGCCCAGUCCGCCUCCGGGGGGUGGAUCCCGGUCUACAACCCCGACAAGCCCAACCUCUGCUGCGUCUCGAUUUCCUUCCUGCUGCCGGACGAAAACCGGGACCAGGCGGUGGUGUGGAGAGGCCCGCGGAAGAACGGUUUGAUCCAGCAGUUCCUGACGCAGGUCGACUGGACGGGCGAAACGGACGGCCUCGACUAUCUGAUCGUCGACACGCCGCCGGGGACCUCCGACGAGCACAUCUCGACGGUCCAGUACCUCCAAAAGGCCGGUGCUGUCUCUGGAGCGGUCCUGGUGACAACGCCCGAGGAAGUCUGCAUGGCCGACGUGCGCAAGGAACUCAAUUUUUGUCAAAAGACCAAGGUUCCGGUGAUGGGGGUAGUCGAAAACAUGGGGGAGUAUACCACGACACUGGACCGGCUUGCCUUUGCUUGCUCCGCAACGAGGGCGACGGGGGACGGGGGCACCACCGGCGACAAAGAAGACUGCACCCAAAAGGUGCUCGAUACCCUCCGCACACACUGCCCCGAGCUCUUCGAGGACGGAUCGACCCUGUCGGUGUCGUCCACGCUCUACCCGGCCAGCGGGGGCGGCCCGAGAGAAAUGGCCGACCGCUACGGCGUCCCGUACUGGGGAUUGCUCCCGAUGGACCCGGACCUCCUGCAGGCCUGUGAGCACGGGAAGGCCUUUGUCGAGGAGCGUCCCGACAGCCUGGCAGCCAAGGCCCUAGAGGGGUUCUGCCAAAAGAUCAUCGCCAGGCUUCCCGUGGAAGAAAUAGCAGACGAAGAAAUGUCGUAGCAAACACCGGGCGGAUGGACGCCGAGCUUCGAUCGGCGUCGGGGAGAGGCGAUUAGAGGAAACAUCGCAUCGAGGACAAAGUCUACACUUGGUUUCGGAAUAUGGCAUCGAGUGCGGUACAAAAGCAAACUUGAACUGCGACGAUGCUGCAAAGGCACUUCCUUUCCGAUGGAUUGGGAGACUAAAAAUGCUCGAAAAAA